CUGCUGUCAUUAAUCAACUCAGGUUUUGUUUGAAGAACACCAAGCAAAAAAUAACUUGUCAACCAAACAUGCUUUUUUUAACUUAGCUUGAGAAUAACCUGUUAAUUAAACCAAACAAAUGGCGUAUUCGUGUUUAAAAUGGAAAUAAAACAGCAAAUAUCACGGCUACUUCAAUUAACUAUUAGCGGAUUUGGAAUGUUAUCAACUUUUUACAUGGUUACAGAGUUAAUGUAUUUUUUAUCUUUUCCGAAAAAAAUUGAUCAAUACAUAAAAGAAUCAGAAUUAAUGACAUCAUGGGUUCUCUUAGUAAAUAUGGGGUUGUUAUCACUUUUUAUUCUUCAGCAUUCAUUACUAGCAUCUAGUAAAGUGAAGGAAGCAUUUAAUGCUAAUGGAUUUCAAGUAAUUUAUCGAAGUGUUUAUGUAGUGGCUACAUCUGGAAUACUGCUGUAUGUAUUACGGCAUUGGAAAACAACUCCACAUGCAAUCAUGUGGGCCUUCAAUCUAAAUUACAGACCCAUCUUCUGGAUAUACGCAUCAAUACACACUGUAGCUUGGAUUAUUAUUUAUAUUGGUAACAUUUGCUGCGAUGUUACCGAACUUCUCGGUAUUAAACAGGUGUAUUACAGCAUUAUGAAUUUGCCUGACCCGAACUUAAGGAAAUCACAACAGUGGCAACGUCUUAACAGUCAUAUGAGACACCCAAGCUUUUUAGCCUUUGUUUUAAUAUUUUGGUUAUGCCCUGUAAUGAGUCUGGACCGUUUAUUGCUAGCUGUAAUUUUAACAACAUACAUGUACGUUGCUUGGACUCCCGAUGGAAGUGAUUACCAUUAUCAAAAAUAUCAAUUCGAGCGAAAACAUUUCAGACUAGAUCAUUUUAAUUAAAGAAGAAAGCAUAAAUAGGAGAGCAAUUUCCAAGUGAAGAAGAUUUAGCGAUUAAUCUAACUAAAAAAACGUCGCACGGAAAGUUAUUAAAUAGUAUUAUGAUUUUUUGGUAUUGGUUUUGGUUAUAAAGUUUGGUGUUUGUUGGCAGGCCAACAUAAUAUGAUUUUCUUUUUUAUCUGAAUUCAAAUCAUUAAGCUGGUGGAUCAAAUUAAUAUAUCUAUUGGUGGCCAGUAGUUUAUUUAUAUGUAGUUAGUAUACUACAUAAUCUGAUUGAACAGAUAUAGAAAAACAUGGUUCAAAAUAGUAGGAACUACAUAAUACAUAUUAGUAUUUUUUUAUGUUGUGACGCAAGACACUGGAUAAUACUAUUGUUUUGCAAUAUUGUCAAAUGAUUCAGUAAUGCUUAUUAAUGCAAAAUAGUUUAUUGAAAAUAGUAUCUUUUUUUAUUUAAUUUAGCUUUUUCAAUUCUGAGUUGUUUCUGAAUUGUUAGUUCAUCAUCAUCAGUGGCAUCACAGCUUAUGAGCCAAAGCCUUCUUCAGAACCAUCCUCCAUUCGUCCCUGUUUCUGGCGAUUUUUCUCCAGGUUCUAACUCCAAUAUAUUUCAAAUCGUCCUCGAAAUUGUCUUGGUAACUAAGUCUCGAUCUCGAUGUAGCUCGUUGUCCCAUCGACCCCCUUUAGUCAAAAACUGUUGCAUCGUCUUCUCGCCUGAAUACAUGCCCUAUCCAUCCAAGGCGCGCUAUCUUUUUACAGUUUCAUGUUUAGCCCCGUAAAUGACCGUUUUGGAGUGUAAUUUUCAUGGGCAACUAGUUGUUUAUAAUCAGUCAGUUUAUCCAUUUCCGGGAUUAUUUUGAACUUAUGUUUUUCACCCCCUAGAAGGGGUGACUGUCACCCCCCAAGUAAAAGCCACCAACGGCACAAAUUCAACUUUGAAGUGGAGGAUAAGUAGAACCUAAAUCUAAAUUUUCAUGCAAUUCGGAGUUGACCCUGAAAUUACAUGGUGUCGCCGUAUUUCCCGUUAAUUUACUUGGCUAGUUCCCCAAAACUUUUAUACGACUCAAACUUGAAACGCUUGCGCCACAAGCAUUGCUCUUUUAUUCUGCCAUAUAUUCUUCUUAGAAUUUUUCAGUCGAAACGUUUAAAGUUAUUACAUAUUUGUAAGUAACCACGUUUCUGUGUGUGUGUUCACAAGAUGGCAUUAGAUAAACUUUUUGCCACAGAUAUAACUACUUUUCUGUUCUAUAUGUUAGCAUUGGUCUUAUAGUGUUUUAUAGACAGUCACUUGUAAUUUUUCUGUGUUAUUUUGAGGCCAUAUACCUUCUUAAGCGCUCUAUUCACAUGCGUAUUUGUCCGGCGGAUAUGUACGGCGGACAGAUACUCCGGAUAGAUCCGCAUGUGUGUAUCCGUGCGUACGCCGUAUGUGUCUUGCUCGCCGUCUGUGGUUCAAGACGACGCGACGACUGAAUGUGUAGCACCAACGAAUUUGUCUGGAGACACAUCUGCCUGUAUGUAGCUAACAACGGAUCUGUCCGCCCUACAUAUCCGCCGGACAAAUACGCAUAUGAAUAGAGCGCUUUAACCCAUUCGCUGUGGAUCAUGCGCUAGCGCGUGACAUGGUUACUUCAGUUAGGUGCCAUUCACGCACCAGCGAGUGAUAUGGUUACUUCAGUCAGGUGCCUUUCAGCAGAAUGGCUCCUAGCUGAGUUACAUUCUCUUAGAUAGGUUGCGAAUGGGUUAAGCCACAGUCUCCCUUAUUUACAAGCACUAUUCUUCUUUUAAUUUCUUCGCUGGCGUUAGUAACAGUUGAUUGUUUUUUCUUUAACUAUUCAUUUGUAAUCUGUAAUUUAAUUACAAUUUACAAUUUAAAAUUACAAAGUCAAUUUAAACUCCUGGACAAAAUUAACGCACCACUCAUAUUUUUCUGAAUAAUAUUUAUUUAUAGAUAAUUUACUGUACGAAAAGUUGCCUAUGGCCCUUGUUUGACAGUGGCAGUUGUUAUGUAAGCUAAUAAUAGUCUUGUUUUAACAAUAAUUUGUAUUAAACUUCGUUUUAGACUAAAAGUGGGAACUUUUCAUAAAAAGUGCCGAUUAAAGCAAAGUGCUUGUGAGAAACAAGCUUUUUUGUGAUAUUUUUCAUCACAUGCAUGUUUGGAAGUUCAUUUGCAUAAAAAUCAAAUAAAAAAAUUAACCGCCAAAGAAAUUUGUCAAUGGAGAAGGUAGUGCGAGCAUCGACUCUCCUAGAUGAAGGAUGUUCAAUGCGAUACGUUGCAGGUUUGUUAGGAAGACAUCAUUCCAGCAUCAGUCGCAAGGUGAGGCGAAGGGUCAUACCAUCGAAGACCAGAGCAAGGUCGAAACCGUUGCACUAAUCAAAUUGAUGAUCGUUUUUUGAGACACAGUGCUCUCAGAGAUAGCAAUUUGCUAAAAAAUGAACUAGCAGAUGUUCGAAAUGUCGCGAUAUCGUCUCGAAUAGUUAGAAGACGUUUACAUGAAGCAGAAUUGAGCAACAGGAACCGGCCAAAAAACCCUUGCUUACCAGGGAACACAGGGUUCAGAGAUUGAAUUUUGCAAGAUUGCAUCAAAAUUGGACCAUCGAGGAUUGGAAACGAGUUCUUUUCUCUGAUGAGACUAGAGUAAGCCUAAAAACUCCAGAUGGCCGUGAGCGUGUCUGACGAAGGCGAGGAGAAAGGUUUGUCAUCUGCAAUGUCUCUCCUAACGUACCUUUUGGUGGUGGCUCUAAAAUGUUUUGGGGGGGAAUUUCUUUUGAAGCUCGUACGGAGUUGGUCCCCAUACGUACGAGGUCUAUUAGUGCCCAUUAUUACUUAGACAACAAUAUUGUCGAACAUGUAAUGCCUUUUGCUCCGUUUCUUGGACCUAAUUUUUUGAAGUGAAAACUUCUUUAGGGACGUUGUGCACUUUUUAGAUGGGGAAAAAGUAUUGAAUUAGCGACCGUCAUCGCCUUGGCGAAAUAAAUUUUUGAAGUGAAAACUUUUUAGGGACGUUGUGCACUUUUUAGAUGGGGAAAAAGUGUUAAAUUAGCGACCGUCAUUGCUUCUGCGAAAUAAAUUUUUGAAGUGAAAACUUCUUUAGCGGCGUUGUGCACUUUUUAGAUAGGCAAAAUAUUGAAUUAGCGACCGUCAUCGCGACCAUCAUUGCUUCGACAAAAUAAUGUUGUGAAGUGAAAACUUCUUUAGGGACGUUUUGGUCUUUUUAGAUGGGGAAAAAGUAUUGAAUUAGCGACCGUCAUCGCGACCGUCAUUGCUUCGACAAAAUACAUUUUUGAAGUGAACACUUCUUUAACGACUUCGUGCACUUUUUAGAUGGGGAAAAAGUAUUGAAUUAGCGACCGUCAUCAUUUCAGCGAAAUAAAUUUUUGAAGUGAAAAGUUCUUUUGGGACGUUGUGCAGUUUUUAGAUGGGGAAAAAGUAUUAAAUUAGCGACCGGUAUUUGUUCGACGAAAUAAAUUUUUGAAGUGAAAACUUUUUUAGGGACGUUGUGCACUUUUAAGAUGGGGAAAAAGUGUUGAAUUAGCGACCGUCAUCGCUUCGGCGAAAUAAAUUUUUUGAAGUGAAAACUCCUUUAGGGACGUUUUGCACUUUUUCGAUGGGAAAAAAGUAUUAAAUUAGCGACCGUCAUUGCUUCGACUAAAUAAAUUUUUGAAGUGAAAUCUUCUUUAUGGACGUUGUGCCCUUUUUAGAUGGAGAAAAAUAUUGAAUUAUCAACCGUCAUCGCGACCGUCGUUGCUUCGACAAAAUAAAUUUUUGAAGCGAAACCUUUUGUAGGGACGUUACACACUUUUUAGACGGAGAAAAAGUGUUGAAUUAGCGACCGUCAUCGCUUCGGCGAAAUAAAUUUUUCAAAUGAAAACUUCCUUAGGGACGUUGUGCACUUUUUGGAUGGGAAAGAGGUAUUGAAUUAGCGACCGUUAUUGUUUCGACUAAAUAAAUUUUUGAAGUGAAAACUUCUUUAGGUACGUUGUGCCCUUUUUAGAUGGAGAAAAAUAUUGAAUUAUCGACGGUCAUCGCGACCGUCAUUGCUUCGACGAAAUACAUUUUUGGAUCGAAAACUUUUUUAGGGACGUUAUAAUUUUUUUAGAUGGGGAAUAAAUGUUGUAUUAGCGGCCGUCAUCGCUUCGGCGAAAUAAAUUUUUCAAAUGAAAACUUCUUGGGACAUUGUGCACUUCUUAGAUGGGGGAAACGUAUUAAAUUAGCGACCGUCAUUGUUUGACGAAAUCAAUUUUUAAAGAGAAAACUUCUGUAGGGACGUUGUGCACUUUUUAGAUGGGAAAAAAGUAUUGAGUUUGCUACCGUCAUCACUUUGCCGAAAUAAAUUUCGUACGUACAUAAUAUAUAUUAUGUGUAUGUAGGUAUACAUAAAUAGCAUAGAACGUACGCAACGCUAUUAUAAUAUAGGUAUAGCACUUCUUUUUUGAUGUGGAAAAGCAAUUGAGCUUGUAAUUUAUAUACUAUAAGAAGUUUUCACUUCUGUCGGCACUCCCAUGAGUGCUUUAAUUUUUUUUAUUAAUGCAAGACAACGCUCGUCCUCAUGUGGCUCGACAGGUUAUUGGCUACCUAAAUGAUUUUGAUAUUCCAUUAUUAGAGUGGCCACCUAACAGUCCGGACAUGAAUCAUAUAGAGCAUCUAUGGGACUAUCUCAAAAAAAAAAGAUUCGAAGUCGUAGACACUUAUUGCCAAUCACAACCAACUCAUUGAGGCCGUUAUUGAAGAAUGGGAUAAUAUUCCGCAAGCUUUUGUUGAACAUUUGAUAUCAAGCAUGCCUCGACGCAUAAAUGCAGUCAUAAGAGGUAGAGGAGGGCCUAUACGGUAUUAGUGUUGACCCAGAUGCAUUUUAUUGUGUUACUUUACUGAUUUUUUUUCCUUUUGCAAUUGGGAGUUAUGCUAGCUUAUUUACGCAUUUCCGGCAAAAACAAAUUUUUAAAGAAACAAUAAGGCAAAUUAAGGUCAUGAUAGGACUUAUUUGUAGGUGUUUAUUAUUAUUUCAAUGUAACUUAGUUUUAUUUUGUGACCAUAUUGUAAAUAUUUAGAUUAAUUAAAGUGGUGCGUUAAUUUUUUCCAGGAGUUUAUUUAUUUUAUUAUCACAAAAUAAUGUCCUAAUAAUUUGGGGUGUAUACGCCUAACAGUAUUGAAAGGGUGAAACAACAUGUAGAUUUUCCAACCAAAUUGCACAAGCGUGUAACUUGCUAAACUUUAUAAUUUUUUAAAAACGAAUAUGACUAGGAUUGUUGGUAUAUUUUUUAUUAAUGCAAAAUAUAGAUUAGAUACUUUAUUUUUGACAGCUAUAUAUUUGACAAAUAUUUAUAUAAUAUACAUGUUAUUUUUAAAUUAAGUGAAAAUGUAUUCUUAUACUUAUAUAGCACUAUUUAUAUUGUGGAUGUUAAUAUUUUUCUACAAUCCAUUUAAUAAAUGAUAUUUACUUAUA